CAGCCCAACCCGGAAGUGAGCGCGCUGCUCUGGGUCAAUGGCAGGAGGUAACGUUCGGUGGUGGGUCUGAGGGAAGGAAACUUUUUCGGUCUCCCCCUCCUCGCUCGCUCUCGGUCUUCGCUCACGCUCGCGGAUCCCCUUUAGCGUCCGACAUGUGAUCCGUUGGCUGGCUCACUCCCUCAGAUUACAGUCCCCGUCUAAGAUGGAACCUACUGCCUCGGGUGUCUUCUGCAGCCGUGUGCUCAGCAUGGUGAACUCAGAAGAUGUAAAUGCCAUCAUCCUAGCUCAGAAGAACAUGCUUGACCGAUUUGAGAAAACCAAUGAGAUGCUCCUCAACUUUAACAACCUGUCUGGUGUCCGAAUGCAGCAGAUGAAUGAACGCUUCCUCCACCACACCCGGACAUUGGUGGAGAUGAAGAAAGAUUUGGAUAGCAUUUUCCGGAGGAUCAGGACUUUGAAAGGAAAGCUAGCAAAACAGUACCCAGAAGCUUUUAGCAAUGUGCACGAGUCUCCCAUCCUUGAAGAUGACGACUUUGAUCCAAUCCCAAAAAGUACUGCCACAACCAUUGCUACCUCAGAACAGACCACUGAGUCCUGUGACACCAGUCCAGACAUCAUCUCUCCUGCCACUAGCCAUGACUUUGAAGACCUGUCUCAGGGCCCUUAUGACUCACUGGCUGUGAAUGGGCAGAGCAUAACGGAUGAGGACAAUGAGACAGACUAGUCCACAUGGCGAAACUGUUACGGGAGUGCAGGU